UUUAACAUUCUAGUGCUUAAGCCAAAGUUUACGCCCCUGACCACUGUUGAGAAAGUGUUGGCCACAGACCUGAAGACAACAGUUGGGGUCCAAGUCAAUGACGGGAUAUCAUGUAGAGGCCCACCUGUUCUUGAAGGCCAGGGCGCCUUAGAUGUGAGUGAGGAGGCAAUGAUUCGUUUGAGAGAGGAACUGGCAGAACACUGUGACUCUGAAACCGUCCAUCCACUGCCACUCGAAAUCAUCACUUCACCUCUCUACGACCACGCCCACUUCAAAGCACAGUGGACUGAGGACUAUCCACUAAUCCUGAAGAACCUGACUAACAGCUUGAAUGACAUUGUCGAUGGAAUACUCUUCCCACUUGUUUCCUACGACCACACCGCUACCAACCCCGAGUACACCAGGGAGAUUGAUGCAACUAAAGACCUAGACACCAACCGUUGGACAAUAAGAGACAAAAGACCGAAUCUUGUGGCAGUAACCAGUGACUUGAAGGUCCCAGUAUUGUUCCAGGAAUUCUUAAGCCCAGCCAAGAUAACUAGAACAUUUAAUUAUAACUUUAUAGAGGGACGUACUUCCUCCACAUGUUUUAUUAAGACAACAAAGGUGGUUACGUUUGACGGUGUGGCGUUUCCUUAUCAGGCUGACAGCUGCUGGGUCACCAUCGCUAUCAGCUAUGGCCAGUACGACGGAACACAGUAUCGCUUGAAUAGCAUGGCCAAGGCCAGGUUCACAGACCAGUGGGAGGUACAGGCUAUCUGGCCCUGGGGUGGAUUAGUCAUCGAUAUAACCAAGUCCCAUAUUCUGAUAAAUGGUGAGGACUACGAGGGAGAAAACCAGUUCGUUAAAUUCACCAAAAAUGAGAAUGCCAGUAUGUUCUUCUUCAAGAGUUUGGGAUUUGUGAUAAUAAUUUCUGACAAGAUUCAAUUUAGAAUGCCUAAGAUUUUAAACGGAAACCUACACGGACUGUGUGGCAGAAUGGACGGGGAGAAGAGACAUGACCUGGUGGGACCCACUGGCUGCAUCUUCACCAACCCGAGUCUCUUCGCUCUGUCCUGGACCACUCAAGGUGAAGGCUGCUCCCUCUUUAGUCUACGAUCAAAGAAGCGAGGUGUAACGCAGUACCAGGAGGCAUGUCCUCGUGAGGACUACACCCCCACCGCAGUGUCUCAUCCCAGUGUUGUGUAUGACUGCACUGAAUGGGAGUACAAGGAACUUACCACUGGAGACGUUAGAUGUAUCGCCAAUGAACCAACACCGGUUUGCAAACCUGGCUGCAAGAAAACCAGCGACACCAGAAAACCUAUUGAAUACGACUGUACGAUAACUGGAUCUGAUCAGCCUGAAGCCUACUGUCAGUCAAGUGGACAAGGAAGAAACCUCACCAAGGAGUGUUUUCCACACACCCGCGUCACUACGUACCCUGCCUCCUGCCUGCCUCAGUGAUACUCUGAUAACCUGCUCUUCUGUGCUGCGUGCCUCAGUGAUACAACCUGCUCACCACCUACCCCACCUCCUGCGUACCUCAGUGAUACAACCUGCUCACCACCUACCCCACCUCCUGCGUACCUCAGUGAUACAACCUGCUCACCACCUACCCCACCUCUUGCGUACCUCAGUGAUACAACCUGCUCACCACCUACCCCACCUUUUGCGUACCUCAGUGAUACAACCUUCUCACCACCUACCCCACCUCUUGCGUACCUCAGUGAUACAACCUGCUCACCACCUACCCUACCUCCUGCAAGCUUCAGUAUUAUAUCCUGGUCGCCACCAACCCGUCCUCCUGCAUGCUCCCACUGACACACCCGGCAUCUUGCGUGCAUUAUAAUUACUGUGCAAAAAGACACUUAUGUAUAGUGCAGAGGACGCCCUAAAUGCCAUCAGUAACAAUCUCUAAGAAGUCUGGCAGUUACGCUGUCUAAACUGUUUGCCUACAAGAUAUUACCCAUUUUGGAAACUACUGUAACGUGAUAUCGACUUGAGUACUCUGUAUUGAGAAACACUGCUCCAGGUCUUCUACUACCAUUACUACUGCUGCUACCACUACUGCUACUAUUACUACUACUACUACUAUUAUUACUACUACUACUACUAUUACUACUACUACUACUACUACUACUAUUACUACUACUACUACUACUACUACUACUACUACUGUUACCACGACUACUACUACUACUACUACUGUUACCACGACUACUACUACUACUACUACUGUUACCACGACUACUACUACUACUAUUGCUAUUACUACUACUACUAGUGCUAAUACUUCUGCUACUACUACUACCAUUACUACUGCUACUUCUACUACUGUUACUACUACUACCACCACUACUACUACUACUUCUACUACCAUUACUACUGCUACUACUGCUACUUCCACUAUUACCACGACUACUAAUACUACUACUGCUGCUACUAAUACUACUGCUACUAAUAAUACUACUUCUGCUACCAUUACUAUUACUGCUACUACUACUAUUACUACGACUACUACUACAACUACUAUUACCACGACUACUACUACUGCCACUACUACUACUGUCACUACUACUACUGCCACUACUACUACUACUGCUACUACUUCUACUACUACCACUACUACUACCCUCCCGCAACUUCCCAUCUGACUCCCACCACUAUUUAUACUUCUUAGUUGUCUCUAUUAGGACUGAAGAAUCACGUAGCGAAACGUUCCUUUUAAUAAAUAUCCUGAUUGUAGAUGAAUGUUCCCGAAUAGUGCUCCGGGGCCACCUUCUACGAACCUAGCCUUUGGUAGUAGCACUUCCCUCGCUCAGCUUCGAAGGCGUCUGCAGCAAUGUCCUGCUUCGCUGACCCGUUCUCGUCAUUUUACGCUGGGGCGCAAAUCCUUCUUUUUACUUUGCAUUUAUCCGGCCCUAUCAGGAUUCUGGCUGUUACUGCCUCUUUCACUGCAAGGUCCCUAUGAGUGGGUCCUUCAGAUGAUUGUCAGUUCGCUGGUGGAGUGCCAAACAUUCAGAAUGUAGUGAUGUGUGUAGUCCAAAAGAGUAGUUCCUUGUUGAGCGGGAUGGAUCUCCAGUGACCCAGACAGUGAUCUCUUGUUUAAGAAUAUAUAGGUCCACUGAGGUGACUGGAGGUGGCCUGGGGUGGAGCUCUGUAACAUGGAGACUGCGCACCUGGAGGUCUAUGGUCUUGCAAGAACCUGUUUCAGUAAAGUCACCACUGAGAACGGUGGUGAAAGCCUUCGGUGGAGCCUUAUAUAGGAGCUGUAGUGAACUAUUAAUUAUAAGAGUACUUUGUCAGGUAAUUCUGUGUUUCCCAUAUUUUCAUCAUAAAGGCAAUAAAUAGUUGUUUUUUCCUCAUAUAAUUAUACAUAAUUUUCCUAGAAUAUUAAUCACCUAGUUAUAAAUGAAAGGAUCUUCCUGUUUAAAUAAGUAACUCUACUGAAAGUGGGAAGAGUAUUAAGUAUUAUUCAGAAAUCUAUUGAGAUAAUUAAAUGAAUUACAAACAUUAUUAAGAGUUCUGUCGAGGAACGAACAGGAAGGUGAAAAUGAAUAUAAAUACGUUAACCUUUUUUUUUCCACCAGGGAGAAUCGCGGCUAUCUGUUCUUUGUCUCUCUCUUCCUGUACUUAAGAGGCACGUAAGUUCCUCCGUCUUCUAAUAACAUGUUCAUUUUUCCACUAUUAUCUACCUUGUCCAUAAUUAGUAUCGCAUUUGCUUUGUCUGUUUCGUAAGGUGAAGUUUAAGAUCUUUCCUUAAUUCAUGGUAUAACUUAACAAAUCUUUGAGAACAAUUGUGUUGCGGAGGUCCUAGCAAGAGCUAGGAUUCGACCCCCUGCAAUCACAAAUGAGCA